CAAGUACUCUUGUUUUUGGAUAUUUCACAAAAAAACACAAAAGCCUGAAGUGGGUUGUUCAGGUAAAUCCCAACAACACCGCCUUCUGCCCCCCUCCUUUCCUCCUACCUCCUCUCUCUCAACUCCCUACUCUUUCACUUCCAUCUUUCAUCCAUCUCGCUAUUCCUUAAUCUCCUUCCUUUCCUCUUUUCAUAAACCAGAAAACACACAUUCACCAUGGGUCACGAAGACGCUGUUUACCUCGCCAAGCUCGCUGAGCAGGCCGAGCGCUAUGAAGAGAUGGUUGAGAACAUGAAGGUCGUCGCCUCGGCUGAUGUUGAGCUCACCGUUGAGGAGCGCAAUCUCCUGUCUGUCGCCUAUAAGAACGUCAUUGGUGCCCGCCGUGCCUCGUGGAGAAUCGUCACCUCUAUUGAGCAGAAGGAGGAGUCCAAGGGCAACGAGUCCCAGGUCACUCUCAUCAAGGAGUACCGCCAAAAGAUCGAGGCCGAGCUUGCCAAGAUCUGCGACGAUAUCCUCGAGGUUCUGGACGAGCACCUCAUCAAGUCCGCCCAGAGCGGCGAGUCCAAGGUCUUCUACCACAAGAUGAAGGGUGACUACCACCGCUACCUCGCCGAGUUCGCCAUUGGCGACCGCCGCAAGGGUGCUGCCGACUACUCUCUGGAGGCCUACAAGGCUGCCACCGAGAUCGCCUCCACUGACCUUGCCCCUACCCACCCCAUUCGUCUCGGACUCGCCCUCAACUUCUCAGUCUUCUACUACGAAAUCCUGAACUCCCCUGACCAGGCUUGCCACCUCGCCAAGCUUGCCUUUGAUGAUGCUAUUGCUGAGCUCGACACCCUGAGCGAGGAGAGCUACAAGGACUCUACUCUCAUCAUGCAGCUCCUCCGUGACAACCUCACCCUCUGGACCUCGUCCGAGGCUGAGCCCACUUCCGAGGCUGCCCCUGCUGAGAAGAAGGAGGAGGCCCCGGCCGCUGAGGCCGAGAAGCCCGCCGCCGAGUAAAUGAUUAACAUCUAAAAAGACCUUGUUGAUGGACACGCGUCCUCGGGACGGAUGGAACAACCGAGAGAAAGAGAGCGCGCGGCGGGUCUUUUAGUGCAAGGACAUAGAUUGGAUACGAAGGAGGAAAGGACGAUGAGGUGCAUUGGCCCGAUUGUCGGUCUAUAGUAUCGCAGAGACUCGCAAGGGUUUGGUGUGAGAAAUACUGCGACCUUUGGGUGUCGAUGCUCUGCCAUUUUUGCCUUGAAUCUUUUCUUCUUGCCUACUUGCCUUCUGCUUUGGCCCGGCGCUCGUUCUCUGCCCUGGGGGAUAUUCCAUCCUGUCUCCUCUUUUCGUUUUUUUCAUUCUCCUUGUUAUUUUGUCUACUUUGCCUCUUAACUACCCAAAGAGUCCCCUUGCGCGCACUCUCCCAGCCCAACACAUACACAGAAUUUUCUCAAAUCAGUUCCUUAUCAGGACUUCAACAAGGGUAUCCCUGCUGAUCCCUAACCUGGCUUUUCACCUUUCCU